UCGCAGCCCAUACAGCUCGCCGGGGCAGCCGGGUUAGAGGCCUGGGCAGGUCCCGGAGGGCGAAGGAGAAAGCCGGGUGCGCGGCAGGAAUGGGCGCGGGGACGCCUCCCCUAGGUGACACGGAACACUGGGGGCGCUGUCUUCGUUUCAGGAUUGGGGAUACAUGCCACACUCACCUGCUCAACUGAGAAAGGAGAUACCAUGCCAGGGAAAGGGAAGCGAGGAAAAGGCCGGGGCAAGCGCGGGAAGAAGCAGAAGAAGCAGGAGGUGGACAUCCUCAGCCCCGCGGCGAUGCUGAACCUCUACUACAUCGCCCACCACGCGGCCGACUGCCUGCACAUGCGGGGCUUCCGCUGGCCGGGCGACCCCAAGGCGAAGAAAGGGAAAAACAAGACUUAGGGGAUAGCGUUCCGCGGCACAUCUCUCCCACAGAGCAGGAUCGAGGGAGGAGGAGGCGGGCUACACACCCAUUGCAAGCAGCGUGGACUUGCUAACGGCAACCGGAGAGGGCAGCUUUCUGCGGCAGGGAGUGGUACAGAGGUGCGUUCCACUUCCUCAGCUCAACUCGGGUAUGGCUAGCCAGUCUGGUUCUUCAGAAGUUAGGGGGGCAAGACUGAGUAGGACUUAAAAAUGUCACUGCAAUCCUGGAUCCGAAUUAAACCUUGCUCUCAAAAGGCAGUUCUCACUCGAGU